AUUUUAACUCUAAAUAAAUUAAGGCCUUAUUAUUUUUUAGUUUAAAAAUAUUUUAAUAGACUAAUCUUACUUUUUAAGUUUUAUAGUGUAUCAAACAAUCAAAGUUCGGCGAUUUAGCAGGAAUUUAAGUUUUUAUAUCGUGAUAAACUUUGAUGAAAUUGGAUAGGUUAUAGGAAGCCACUAUACUCGUUUUAUUUAUUUAUCCUACUUACAAUUUAAUCAAAUACGACCAAAAAAAAGAACUAUCUAUUCCAAAUUACAUUUGAUAAAUACGUACAUAUUUACCUGAAACUUCAAUAACCAUCAAUUUUAAUAAAAUGUCUAAGCUAGGAGCUCUUCACAUAACCAAGCACAGUGGUGCCAAACAGACCGCUACAGUUAUAUUUUUUCACGGAUCUGGAUCCACAGGGGCUGAUAUCAAAGAAUGGGUUAGAUUAAUGGUUGAACAGUUUUCUUUUCCACAUGUGAAAGUUUUGUUUCCGACUGCACCCUUGCAGCCAUACACGCCUGCCGGUGGUAUGAUGAGCAAUGUUUGGUUUGAUAGAGCUAAUAUUACACCAGAUGUUCCUGAAAAACUGGACUCAUUAGCCAGAAUUGAAACUGAAGUAAAGAAUCUUAUAAAAACUGAAAAUGAUGCUGGAAUACCCAGUGAUAGGAUUAUAGUUGGUGGAUUUUCCAUGGGAGGUGCACUGGCUUUUCACACUGGCUACAGAUGGGAUAGAAAACUGGCUGGGGUGUUUGCAUUCAGCUCCUUCUUAAAUUAUAAUUCAGCCGUUUAUGAUGAAUUGAAAAAUAACACAGGUGUAACAUAUCCACCCUUGCUGCAAAUUCAUGGUAACCAGGACGAUUUAGUACCCCUGAAAUGGGGAGAGGAAACAUAUCAGAAGUUGAAAAGUCUUGGAAUUCAGGGAAGUUUUUUCGUUCAAGAAAGAUUGGGGCACUCGUUGAAUAGACGAGGCAUUAAGAUUAUUAAAGAUUGGAUCGAUGAAAAGUUGCCUAAUUCAUAACAUACUAAUGUUCAUAAAAUUUUAUGGUUGCCGUAGUGAUUUUUAAUAUUAUAAUGUUGUUAUUGAAUAAUUUGUAAUUUCUCUAUGUAUAAAUGUUUUAUCAGUUCCUUAAA